UCUACUGUAUACUUGCUCUAUCCGCUCCCUCUCCUUCUUUCUUUCGUUCUUUCCUUUCUUUUACUUAAGCAUAACCUUUCUGCAACUGUAUCACCUAACGAGUUCCUGUUUUCUUUUGUGGUAAACCGUUGUCAGAAACAAUGAAUGGUAUCCAUAAGACCCGUCUCGGGCUGACUCGGAUUCUGUCAAAACGGAUCCAUCAUCCUCUCCUCCACCUUCGCCUUCUGUUCUUGUUUGUACCUACCUGAACAGGAAAAAGAAGAAAAGCCUAAAGUUCUUAAUUUCUGCAAAUAAAACAAACGACAACUUUAGUUUUGGUUAAUCAUUCAAAAACAGAGAAAAAAAAUUUCAAUGUCGUCUGAAUCUGUAUUCUCGGUCUUAACGGAGGAUUUACUUGUUCGAGUCAAUGACAAACUCAAGGACGUGUCAGAUCGCAAAACGUGGCGACUCGUUUGCAAAGAAUUCCUCCGAGUCGAAUUGCUAACUCGUAAAAUUCUUCGUGUCCUUCGUGUUGAGUUUCUACUCUCUCUUCUCCAGAAGUACAAAAAUAUUGAUACCUUGGACCUCUCUGUUUGUCCACGUAUUGAUGAUGGAAUGCUGGCACUGCUGCUGAGUCAUGACUCGAAAGAAUGGACGCGGAAGCUGAAAUCUUUGAACCUGAGCAGGGCUACAGGACUGAGAUUCUCAGGGCUGGAGUUGCUGGUACAGGCGUGUCCAUUUCUGGAGCGGGUCGACGUGUCCUACUGUUGCGGAUUUGGGGAUAGGGAGGCGGCUGCGAUAUCGUGUGCUAGUGGAUUGAGAGAACUGGCGAUGGAUAAAUGCUUGGGAGUGAGUGAUGUUGGGCUGGCGAAGAUAGCUGUGGGGUGCGGGAGAUUGGAGAGGCUAAGCUUGAAAUGGUGUAUGGAGAUAUCUGAUCUGGGUGUUGAUCUUUUGUGCAAGAAAUGCCUCGACUUGAAGUAUCUUGAUAUGUCUUAUCUCAAGGUGACAAGUGAAUCACUCCGUUCUGUUGCUUCUUUGCCAAAGCUGGAAGUUUUGGCUAUAGUAGGGUGUUCUUUAGUGGAUGAUAUCGGGCUGCAGUUUCUUGAAAAUGCCUGUCCGUCACUACAGGAAAUUGAUGUAUCAAGAUGUGAUUGCUUGAGUUCGUCCAGCUUGAUUUCCAUAAUUAGAGGACAUAGUGGACUUAGGCGGAUAUGGGCUGCAUACUGUUUUUCAGAACUUCCCCCAAGCGUUCUUCAUCACAUGAAGGACUUGAAGAAUCUGAGCUCAAUUAUAAUUAAUGGGACUCGAGUUUCAAACAAUAUUUUCCAGACCAUGAGCAACAAUUGCAGGUCUUUAACUGAAAUUGGGUUGAGCAAGUGCAUAGGGGUGACAAAUAUGGGUAUUAUGCAGCUUGUCUCUGGCUGUGUCAAUUUGAAGAUCCUCAAUUUAACUUGUUGCCAUUCCAUAACAGACGCUGCAAUUUCUGCUAUAGCAAACUCUUGUAGGAAUCUUGUGUGCCUGAAGUUAGAGUCCUGCAAUAUGAUCACUGAGAAGGGUCUUGAACAGAUUGGGUUGCAUUGCUGGCUUCUUGAGGAGCUUGAUCUCACGGACUGUUGUGGCAUAAAUGAUAAAGGAAUUGAAUGCAUCUCUAGAUGUUCACGACUUCUAUGCCUGAAAUUAGGACUUUGCAAUAAUGUUUCAAACAAAGGACUGUUUUAUGUUGGUUCUAAUUGUUCAAAGCUACUUGAACUGGAUCUGUACCGCUGUACUGGUAUUGGAGAUGAUGGUUUAGCUGCUUUAUCAAAUGGUUGCAAGAAGUUGAAAAAGCUCAACUUGUCAUACUGCAAUAAUAUCACUGACGGAGGGAUGAAAUUUCUCGGCUAUAUGGAGGAGCUCUCUGACCUGGAACUGCGAGGACUUGAUAAAAUCACAGGUGUAGGUUUGACAGCAUUAGCAGCCAAGUGCAAAUCACUGGCAGAUCUGGACUUAAAACAUUGUGAGAACAUUGAUGAUUUGGGAUACUGGGCACUUGCCUAUUACUCAAGGAACUUGCGUCAGAUAAAUUUGAGCUACUGCACUGUAUCAGACAUGGCAUUAUGCAUGGUGAUGGGAAAUCUGACACGCUUGCAAGAAGCAAAAUUAGUGCACCUGAAAAAUGUAACUGUUGUAGGAGUUGAGCUUGCGCUUAGAGCUUGCUGUGUCCGGAUAAAAAAGGUUAAGUUGGUUGCUGCUUUUAGGUUCUUUCUUUCCAUGGAAAUACUUGAGAUUUUGCAUACCAGGGGUUGCAUAAUUAGAUGGGACUAGAAUUGUAUGUAUUGGGAGAUAAUGGACACAACAAUAGCUUUGUACUUCCUUUAAUAUCGAAGUAAUGUGUAAAA